GACAAUUCUGUUUUAUCGUCCUUUAUGUUAUGUUACUCUAAAAUUUCUAACCAUACAUUUUUCACAUUUACAGGUAACGUAGUUUUCAGUAUAUCAUCUCAAAAUUUUAUGUUAUUAUAAUCUAUAAUUAAUUUAGUUACUUUAUUGAAAUAAUUAAUAUAGUAAAAAUAAAAUUUUAGUGUUGGUGUUAGUUAAAUUUAACAAUUUUCUGCGCAUGAUUUAGAUUCUGCGUGACAAAUCUCUUUCUUUGUCGUUUGUCCAUCAUUCCGUUCAUUUUUUAGCCUACGUUUUACAUGUUGUGCCGGUUAAAAAAGUGAUUAUAUGAUUGUUUUAAGCGAUAAUAUAUAAAAGCAGACUCAUAAAAUUGUGUCUUUGUGUCCGAUGUCUAGUGCUGGAAUACCAGAGAGUUCCAUUGAUCCUCCAACUAAGAAACGGAAGCUUGACUCAAAUAUAGCUACCCCUGAAAUGGCGAAUAAUGAAGCUUCUGGAUCAUCAAACACUGCUGAUAUCGACGAAGGACUUUACUCGAGACAACUUUAUGUUUUGGGACAUGAUGCUAUGCGUCGUAUGGCGAAUAGUGAUGUACUAAUAUCAGGAUUAAGUGGUUUGGGAGUUGAAAUUGCAAAAAAUGUGAUCCUCGGUGGUGUCAAAUCAGUGACUCUUCAUGAUGAGGCUGUUUGCACUAUUCAAGAUUUGUCGUCUCAGUUUUAUUUAACUGAAGCUGAUAUUGGAAAAAAUCGUGCGGAAGCUUGCUGUAAACAACUCUCCGAACUCAACACUUAUGUUCCAACUAAAGCUUAUGUAGGUUCCCUUAACGAAGAUUUCGUCAAGAAAUUUAGUGUCGUAGUUUUAACUGUAAGUACCCGAGCUGAACAGCUACGUAUCGGCGAAUUAACACACGAAAAUAACAUUGCCUUAAUCGUAGCCGACACUAAAGGCUUAUUUUCUCAAAUUUUUUGUGAUUUCGGUAGUUCUUUCACAGUCGUCGAUGUAAAUGGAGAAUCUCCGGUAUCGGCGAUGAUAGCAGAUAUAUCUAGUGAUGUAGAAAGUAUAGUUACUUGUAUUGAUGACACGAGACACGGUAUGGAAGAUGGGGAUUAUGUUACUUUCUCAGAAGUGCAAGGCAUGACGGAACUAAAUAACUGUGAGCCAAUUAAAAUCAAAGUUUUGGGACCUUACACUUUCAGUAUCGGUGAUACUAGUAAAUUUUCAAAAUACGUCCGAGGUGGAAUUGUAACUCAAGUUAAAAUGCCCAAACAACUUCAGUUUAAAUCGUUCAAGGAUUCCUUACAAAAUCCUGAAUUUGUUAUCGUGGAUUAUACUAAAAUGGAUCAAAUGGUUCAACUUCAUUUAGCUUUUACUGCUUUACACCAAUUUGUUGAGAAGAAUGGUAGAUUACCGAAGCCUUGGAAUGACGAAGACGCCGCAGAGUUUGUUAUUUUAGCCAAGGCUCUCGCUUCUAAUGGUGACUCCAAUACCGAAAUCGAUUGUGAUUUACUCGAAACUUUUGCCAAGAUAUCAUCUGGUGAUUUAAACCCUAUGAAUGCCACUGUUGGUGGUAUAGUGGCCCAAGAAGUGAUGAAAGCCUGUUCUGGUAAAUUCCAUCCGAUUUAUCAAUGGAUGUACUUUGAUGCUAUCGAAUGCUUACCAAAAGAUAAAACAGAAAUUACAGAACAAUUGUCAGCACCUAAAGGUACCAGAUACGAUGGACAAAUAGCCGUAUUUGGAUCAGAAUUUCAGAAAAAACUCGCACAAUUGAAGUACUUUGUUGUUGGAGCCGGUGCUAUAGGAUGUGAACUGUUGAAAAAUUUUGCUAUGAUGGGAAUAGGAACAGAAGGACAAGUUACUGUUACAGAUAUGGAUCUAAUUGAGAAAUCUAAUUUGAAUAGACAGUUUCUGUUUAGACCUCACAAUGUUCAACAAUCGAAAUCUGCUACGGCUGCAAAGGUCAUAAAGAAAAUGAACCCGGAUAUAAAUAUCGUAGCUCACGAAAAUAGAGUUGGACCCGAAACUGAAAACGUCUACAACGACGAUUUCUUCGAAAAUUUGGACGGCGUCGCCAACGCUCUGGAUAACGUAGACGCUAGAAUUUACAUGGAUAGAAGAUGCGUCUAUUAUCGUAAACCUCUGUUAGAAUCUGGCACGCUCGGUACUAAGGGUAACACACAGGUCGUGGUACCUUUCCUUUCGGAAUCGUACAGUUCCUCUCAAGAUCCCCCCGAAAAGAGCAUUCCGAUUUGUACUUUAAAGAACUUCCCCAACGCCAUCGAACACACUCUGCAAUGGGCCAGAGAUAUGUUUGAAGGUUUAUUCAAACAGAACGCCGAAAACGCUUCUCAAUAUUUAACUGAUCCAGAUUUCAUUGAUAGAACUCUUAAAUUACCCGGUGUACAACCCUUGGAGGUAUUGGAAUCCGUUAAAUCGGCUUUGAUCGACGAAAGACCGAAAGAUUUCGACGAUUGCGUAGCUUGGGCGCGCAACCAUUGGCAAGAACAGUAUUCCAAUCAAAUAAGGCAGCUUUUGUUCAAUUUCCCACCAGAUCAAUUGACCAGUACGGGACAAUUGUUUUGGUCGGGACCGAAGAGAUGUCCUGAACCGCUCACCUUUGAUGUGAACAAUCCUUUACAUUUGGAUUAUGUUGUGGCAGCUGCUAAUUUGAAAGCUGCCGUAUAUGGUAUACCUUCCAAUAGAAACAGGGAUUAUGUCGCUCGAGUUGUUGAAAAAGUCAAAGUACCGGAAUUCGUACCGAAAUCAGGUGUGAAAAUAGCGGAAACCGAUUCUCAAUUAGCAAUGAACGGUAGCAACGUCGAUUUGGAUCGAGUAACUCAAAUCAAAGAAGAAUUACCAUCAUCCGAAGAAUUGGGCGGAUUACGUCUCACCCCGUUAGAAUUCGAAAAAGACGACGACACCAAUUUCCACAUGGAUUUCAUAGUGGCGGCUUCGAAUUUGAGAGCUGCCAAUUACAAAAUCCCCUCAGCCGAUAGACACAAAUCCAAAUUGAUAGCUGGUAAAAUUAUCCCGGCAAUAGCGACGACGACUUCGGUGGUGGCGGGUUUGGUUUGUUUGGAACUGUACAAACUGGCUAGAGGCAUCGAAAGUUUGGAACCGUUCAAAAACGGUUUCGUGAAUUUGGCUUUGCCGUUUUUCGGUUUUUCCGAGCCGAUAGCGGCACCGAAAAUGGAAUAUUCCGGUAACGAAUGGACACUUUGGGAUCGAUUCGAAGUCCAAGGGGAAAUGACACUGCGCGAAUUUUUGGAAUAUUUCAAAGAGAAACACGGUCUCGAGAUAACGAUGUUAUCUCAAGGUGUUUGUAUGUUGUAUUCGUUCUUCAUGGCUAAAGCUAAAGCUCAAGAACGUUUCGGAUUGACCAUGUCCGAAGUGGUUAGAAGGGUAUCGAAGAAGAAGUUGGAGCCGCACGUCAAGGCGUUGGUGUUCGAAUUGUGUUGUAACGACGCGAACGGCGAGGACGUCGAAGUACCGUACGUUAAAUAUAAUUUGUGUUGAAUGAAAUAAAUAAAAAACGAAAAAAAAAAAAUAGAAAAAAUGAAAUUUUGGAUCAGUUUCGGGGUCGAAAGAAAAUUUUGUAAAUUUAGAAUAUUUCGGAUUGUUUUUUCACUAUUUCUUAUUAAAAUAAAGUUUUUUGGUGUUUAUGUUUUUUUCCAUUUAAUGCAUUUAUUAUUAAUUAAUUGUUGGUGAAUAAUUGGCGGACUAGAAAACUCUAAGUGUGAUCGUUUUCAAAUUUGAAAAAUGUUUUCCUCCUAUUUUUUUGACAUUUUUUGAGUUUUGUUUUAAAUCCAUUGAAUUGAAGUUUUUCUGUACUUUUACAUUUGGUUUUGUUUUAAUCCUAAUUUUUUAGUUAGUUUUUGACAUUUUUUUGUAUCUUCAUUGUCAUUUUUAUAUCAUUUUCCACCAAUGUUAUCAAAAAUUUUGUUUAUUCUUGCUCCUGGGUCCAUAAAAUCAAAGUUUUCUCCAGUUUUUUGACAUUUUGGAGAGGAAAUACUCUUUUUGGUAGCCCUUAAUUUAUAAAACAUAAGUUUUUCUUUGUUUUUUGAAUUUGCACUCUUAUUUUUUUAUCAUUCUAUUCAAAUUUGAACAAAACUGUUAUUUUUUCGUGCUCCUUGGUUCAUAAAACCAAGUUUUUCUUAAUUUAUUUACAUCCUUUUGAAUUUUCAUCUUAAUUUUUUUAUUUUCCUAAAAUUGUAACAAAAAUCUCGUUUUUUCUCACUCACGAAUACAUAAUUUCUGACAUUUAAAGUUGGUUUAUGUUUUCCACUAAAAUUUUGUUCGAUAACCUUCUUGAGUUCAACGAUUUUUUCUUUUUUUUGCUUUCAUUCAUUUUUAUCACUUUUUUGUCAUUUUGUUCAAAUUUUAUCAUAAUUUUUAAUUGUUUCUGCUACUGAGAUCCUGAAAUAGAAAUUUUUGAUAUUCUCUGCAAUUUUGUGUCAUUUUUCUCCACUUUUACCAAAAAACCUUGUGCCAUCACUUUCUUCUUUACUCUCCAAGUAAAAGAAAAACUUUUUUAAUUUAUGUGUUUUCCUGCUGAAAUCUUCUCCAUUGACGUUUUAUUUAAAUUCCAUAGAUUUUUAAUCAUAUUUCAAGCCUCACGAAGAGUUUUUUUAAGUUCGCCUCAUCAUAUAUCAAAAUAAUUUAACAUAAUGAAUGAGAACGUCAUCUUAUUAACAGCAUAAUUUGAAAAAAAAAAUACAAAUUUCAGUUGGAUGUGAAAAUAUUUUACCAAGAAACUGAUCUAUGUACGACUGGACAUUGUGAUCUUUUGAAUUAUUUAAUAAACGAUGCGAUUUAAUCUAAUUUCGAACCAGAUUAUAAAUAAGAUGAUGUUUAGCAUUUAAAUGCGUUGAUGCAAUAUAUAUAUUAACUUUGUAGGGAUUCUCGUUAUUUAUAUAUGAAAUGAACAAAAAAAUGUAGUUCGCAAGGUAACAGUUAUUAUUUUCUUAAAUAUUUUCAUGUGUGAAAUUAAAAUUAAUAUUUACAAAA